AUGCCCUCCGUGCUGUGUACUGCUGAACUGCGCGUGUCGAUUCGACGCAUGUUUUUGCUGGCUACCUACCAUUUUGACGGAGAUGUAUGGGGGGAUGAAAAGUCGGGCCUGCACACCAGUCUCGCCCGGUCUUCGAAUUCUGAGAAUAAGGCUUCGGCUUCGAAUGCGGCAGCAGCACGCACUCCCAAUCUGGGCCACAAACAGAGCGGCCUGGAGCCACGUCGCCGGCUGAGCAGCCUCACCACGGCACUUGGGCUGCAGGCCGAGUGGAAAUUCUCGACCACCUCAAAGCUCGGCCGAGGUUGA